AUGCCGACCAUCUAUACGGAGCUAUUUACUUCGUUGGCUAAGAACCCCGUUGCAUUUAACAUGGAAGAAAAGAAUCGGAUCACGAGAAUCAAAGAACGAAUUUGUAGAAUUUUUGGUAUGAAAGGACAACCGGCCACUGAAGAAGAUACCGACGCACUGAAAAUACUAAAAAUUGUUUGGAAGCAUGCUACCAAAACAAUGUCCUAUGAUGGCAUUAAGGAUAUGCUAAGAGGGUCUUCUACUAGGUUUGGAGGAUGGAUCAAUGGGCUCACUAUAUUUCAUGUAGCUGUUAUGCACCGCCAUCAAGGUGUCUACAACCUAUUGUACGAGAUAGCUGGCAGCAUCAAGGACACAAUAUGUGAAAUAUCAGACAACUCGGACUAUAACACUCUGCUUCAUUUAGUUGGGAAGACAUCAAAGCAGGUGGCAACUAAGACGCAUGGAGCAUCUCUGCUAAUGCAACGAGAAUUACUGUGGUACCAGGAAGUUUAUAACAUGACACCAGCUUAUCUAAGGGAAAUAAAGAACAAACAUCGCCAAACACCGUAUGAGUUAUUCUCUGUAGAAAACAAAGAUCUAGUUUCCAAAGGAUUGGACUGGAUGAAAGACUGCAUGGUUGUUGCCACACUUAUCGUCACAGUUGCAUUUGCUGCAGCCUUUACGGUUCCAGAUGCCAUUUCUUUGUUCUCUUCCUCAACUUCACUUUUGGUGUUCUUGACUAUCCUCAUAUCUGGUCACGGUCAACAAGAUUUCAUGUAUUCAUUACCCACAAAGCUUAUGAUAGGCAUACUAUCACUUUUCAUCUCUGUAGCAGCAAUGAUGGUGACUUUCAGUGCAAGUUUCUUUGUGCUAUACCACAAGGGGUUGAAAUGGGUACCAAUCCUUAUUGUUGUAUUUGUUACCGUCCCAGUAAUUGCGUUUGCGGCAUUGCAGUUUCCUCUUUUGGUGGAUAUGUUUCGCUCUAUGUAUGAUUCUCAUUAUCUCUUUAACCCCAAGAAACAUGUGCUUUAUCCCAAAAAGCCGAAGUUACACCCUAAGAAGUCUACUUAG